AUCUCGAAAGAUCAAGACGCAAGAUUAGGCGGGAUAGAAGGGGCAUUAAGAGGCCAUUCUGGAUUGGUGGAGAGUGGGUUGGAUCCAAUAGAGGGGAAGAAAAACGGGAAGAUGGAGGCGUUAUAUAGGAAGAGGGGACGGGAUGAGAAGAGG